AAAGACAGCCUUCAGGGUAGUUGGCGCAGUGGUUUCAGAGCGCUGAAAAGUACUUGAGAACAAUUGGGAUUGAGAUCAACAGCUGUCAGAGUGGACUUUACAGACAUCUGCGGUCUUAAUUGACCUCUUUUAAAAUGCAAAACUCCCCGAAUGGCUUUGUUCACUCGUGUGGAUUUAUGCCCUGCUGUCAGUGGUAGUCCCAAGUCGUUUCUCUGUCUCAGUUUGUCCUCCAAAGGAAGCCUCCAGGAGACUACAGGAUGAAAUGGACAGUCUUGCUGUUAGAAUACUUCUUGGUCAAAGUUCUGGUGCUGUUGUGCAGCGCGGUCGGGGAAGCGCAGCAGCAGCAGCUCGAGGGCUUUAUAAUGCUCUCAGGAUCCAAUGGGUCCCGGGAUGAGGAGAGCGUUUCUGAACCUCCACAUAUUGAGGACAAAUGUCGGGGUUACUAUGAUGUCAUGGGACAGUGGGACCCGCCGUUCGUUUGCCAAACUGGCAAUUAUUUAUUCUGUUGCGGCACUUGUGGCUUCAGAUUUUGCUGCGCUUAUAAAAACUCUCGUUUGGAUCAGAGCACCUGCAAAAAUUACGAUACACCAGUAUGGCUAACAGGACAGCCACCCUAUAAGAAAACCCUAGACCCUAGACACGAUCCAACCAAGGAUAAAACAAACUUGAUUGUGUAUAUAAUAUGUGGAGUAGUGGCAGUCAUGGCACUGGUCGGGAUAUUUACCAAACUUGGACUAGAAAAGGCUCACAGACCUCACAGAGAAAGCAUGUCACGAGCUGUUGCGAGCGUCAUGCAAGGCGCCCGUCAGGGUCAGCACGAGGAGGCCAUCGGAAUGCACACACAGCAUUAUGACACUGUGCAGGCGAGAGCAAACAACAUGCAAGGCGGCCAGAUAAACAACAUGAUGCAAACGCACCCGUAUCCAGCCCUCAGCCAGCUGUCCCAUGUCUAUGAGCAACAGCAAUCGGCAAAAGCGCUCAACAAAUACGCCUCACUGAAGGCUGUGGCGGCCAAAGCCAACGGUGAUUUCCUCAACAAGCAACACCGCCACUUGGUCGAGUUGGCAGCUAAGGGAAGCCUGCCACUUCAUCCAGUCAGAAUGGAGCACGUGGAGCCCACAGCUUCCUACGUCACAGAGGUCCCGUGCCUCAAGCAAAAUGGACAGAAGCCCAAGAGCAUUAAACCCAAUGUGGCCCAUCCCGCAAUGGCCUACAGCUCCAAUACCAUCGCAAACCCCGGCAUGCUGAGGAGCUGGGAGGCUGCAGAGACUGCGGGCCGACGCAAAACCUACGGCCCUAGGAAGAUGUGCACGGUGGAGCAGGUUAAUGAGCUACACACUGCCCGCAGUCAUCAUUACCUUCCCACGCAACCCUACUUUGUAACCAACAGUAAGACAGAGGUGACUGUGUAAGAGGCUGAAUACGUUUCGAAGCAAGCGGCAGAGAGCCAAAAGUGAUUAUCGUCAUGAAAGGACUCUCCACACUCUGCCCCUAGUGGACUGGAGGCACAACAGGGGUGAGCAUGUCAUGUCAGCUGACAGUCAGGCCACUAUUUAUAUCCACUGUAACAAUGAUGUGUUUGUGUUCCGUCAAUGAAAAGGUAAAAGGAAACAGAUGUAAAGAAUUGGCACACAAAAAGUUUCAGAUCAAUAGCAAUAAGA